AUUGCAAUUGGUUGCAAGUCUUCCAAGUCAAGUUCUGGCAGCUGUUCACUGGACACACCGGGCUCUGGACCCACACCCCGCAUUACCCCGCCCCGAGGCUGAGCUAUGUCCGACUCAAGACUCUUGACUCCAUCAUGCCACCACCCAACCAUUCUUCGCUCUAAGCUCAGGGAGCGAAUGCACCAAGAUGGCGGAACACCACCGCGACCCCGCAUGGUCCCACGUAGGACAAGAACAUUGUACCCCUCCUCCUCUUAUAAGAAGGAAUUGGUCCCGAGGAAUCGGGAUAGGAACCCAUCAAGGUAUCGCUGGUAAGAAAUCGCUAUGGCAGCUACAAACGAGAGCAAGAACGGAGAAAUCCAUUUCGAGAUCCCGAAGACAUGCAAGGCCGGCGUGGUGGUGAACGAAGGACCGGAUUUUCGGGUCGAGGUUCAGGAUGUGCCUGUUCCGGAGCCAGGACCUGAUGAAGUUCUUCUCAAACUCAAUGCGACAGGCCUCUGUAUGUCUGAUAUCCACUUCAUGAUGAACGAUUGGGCCAUGCCGAAGAUGUCUACCUUCGGUGUGCAAUGCGCGGGUCACGAAGGUGCCGGCGUGGUCGUGAAGGUCGGCGCUAAUGUAAAGAACUGGAAGGUUGGAGACCGUGGUGGAGUCAAACCUCUUUGGGACGUCUGCGGAAAAUGCGAGAUGUGUUGGGAGGGAAGAGAGAACUAUUGCCAAAAGGGUAUACACACCGGACUUGUGGCGACAGGGACAUACCAGCAGUAUAUCACGAGUCCGGCGAAAUACACAAGCCCGAUCCCGGACGGGGUGAGUGAUUAUAUUGCGGGGCCGAUUAUGUGUAGUGCGAGUACAAUGCACAGGGCGUUGAUCGAUUCUGGGUUGAAGGUUACACAAUGGGUUGUAUUUCCUGGUGGCGGUGGUGGAGUUGGCAUCCAAGGUGUCCAACUGGCGAAGGCAAUGGGUAUGCGUCCAAUCGUAAUUGAUACGGGAGACGCAAAACGCAAGCUCUCCCUAGAAAUGGGCGCCGAGGCUUUCAUCGAUUUCAAAGAGGUACCCAACGUCGCCGAGGAGGUCAAGAAGGUCGCUGGUGGCGUUGGAGCGCAUGGUGUGAUCGUUACCGCCUACCAAGCAUACAAAGAUGCCAUUAGCUAUAUUGGCGACAGAAUUAGUGGAGUUGUGGUUUGCGUUGGCUUGCCGCCAAAGGACCUGAUGACAAUUGGAGCAGACCCUUCAUAUUUCGCGUUCCGAAACCUCAAAAUUAUGGGGUCACUCAUCGGUACGAUGCAGGAUACUGCGAUGGCAUUGGAAUAUGCUCAAAGAGGGUUGUUAAAGCAGAUUUGUGAGGUUCGAGGUUUGAGCGCGUUUCCUGAAAGUGUGCAGCAGUUGAGGAGAGGGGAGAUUGCUGGCCGUGUCGUGAUUGAUUUCGAGAAGCCUUGAUUGAUUGUAGAACGUAGUCCAGGUAAAUUUCUAAUCGACCAUCAGAUGCCCAGAAGAUCAAUUGUGCGUGAACUUUGCGACAUUCCUGGUUAACCUGAACCAAC